CCUCCAAGAACCCUAGAAAUGCCCCAGGAACCCUAAAAUUUCGGCGCCUUGGAAUGGCUGGAUCGAGCGAUGGCGCCAGUCGCUGGAUCGAGGCGAGCUCGCGUCUCAGCAGCAGCAGGCACAGUCUUGGAUCGGCGAGGCGCCACAGCUUGCAUUCUUCGUCCUGGGAAAGUUCUUGAGGCUGCUGUCAGUGUACGCGCUGUUCAAGUUCCUCUCGGCGAGAAAUGGGACCGAAUCGAUCGUCGUCUUCACGUUUGUGUGCUCGCUCGUCUCUGGAGCACUCUUUUUUAUCUUCCAGAGGCCUUGGCAUGGACGACCGCUCACAACUUCACAGGAUUCUUUCUUUCUCUUCAUCUCUCGAGUGACUUGUUUGUGAUCCUUGCGUCGCAGAUUUAUCUAACAGCAUUGAAUGGGGGAGUUCUCGCUCUUGCGCUUCUUCUCUGGGGGAAGAGCUUACAAGCUUGCGGUCCAGUGAGGACAGUGCUGGCCGAGUACACAGGCGCGAUGCUUGGAGCGGCAUCGACGCUUGUUCUUGGCCGAGGCGGCCAUAAGUGGAAGAAGGGUGGUGGACUAGCGGCAAUGCUGGUUGCGUUUUACGUUCUUUUCAGAGGAUGGACGAUUGCGUCCUUGUCCCCGUUCUCGGCUGGGAGCAGCGACAGUGACGAACAAGGCCGUGUUGGACUGGGCCCGAUAAGCAUGUCCAUCGCCGCUGGUACUCUUUUCGCUCUACGAAGAAUAGUAGCUCGGCGUGUUUCGAUCAAGGCUACAAUGAAGAAGCGGCUACAUUCCAUAACAGUCGCUGCCGCGACUUGCUUCCUUUUUCCAUUCGCGAUGCUUCAGCUGUCUUUGGGGCAGGAAACCUCCCCGACUACCGAAGCUCACGGAUCACCAGCAUGGGCCUACAUGAGCACCAUAGUGUUUGGGAUGGUAGCUGGCUUUUACGUGGACAAUUACGCUGAAGAAAGGUUGCAUAUACUUGCAACGUCGUCGGAGCAUCUUCUCGUCACAUCCGUGUUGCUAAUAGUUCUCGAGCUCGUUAUUUACCAGAUGGAUUUCUCGCUCGUUGGAUUCUUGAUUUGCUCCUCGCUUCUGGGAUUCGGUAUAUAUGAAUCCACUUCCUCGGAAAAGCUACCAUCCGAGAUUGUAUCAAGCACACCUCCAAUGUGAUCAUAGCCAACGAUUCUUUUCCA